ACAAAUUUGUGAUUAAAAAAUAUUUAUUUAGAAAAAUGUUAUGUUUAGACCAAAGAGACUAUAUAAUUAUAUUUGCACCGAUAGCACGACUGAAAACUAGUGGGAAUUCAUCGCUGAGUCCAGGGAGUGCAUUUCUAGGGUUUGGAUUGAGGUUCAGUUGAAAAUAUAGAGAAUCUCCAUCCUUGAUCCAAAUAAUAGCAUUUAAACUCUGCUACUGAAUAAAUGCAAAAAAUGUCACAAACUGGGAAUUUCUGUCAUUUCCACAACUGCCCAUGCAUACGUAACCUGUUAUGAGGACUUAAGAAGUAUAUCAUUCUAAAAUUAGUUACAAAGUACCUGUUUGUUCAAUGUUUCCAUGGCAACACAUCCUGUGGAGUUAGGUUAGAUGUAUAUUCCUCUUGGUAGGGUGCAGCACACCAUUGUCAUAGGCAUUAACCCCUAGCCAAAUAUAUCCGACUUAUACUGUUUGACGCAAUGAAUAUUUCAGGGUGGUGUAUGACUAUAGCUCAAACAAACUGGCUUUUAUUCUACUUCAUGAAUCACAGUGAAGAACAAAAAAAUAAUGAAAUAUGAAUCAUCACUCAUUACAUCUUUCAGUGUUUUGCCUAUGCGAUCCCAUAAAGCCACACCCUCAUCCAGGAUGGAUUGAUAGGUGACCUCCAGAUAUAAAGUGAUCAAAUAAAACACUGCACUACAUUCACCACCACAAGAGCCUGAAGUGACUGCACCAUUUCUCCAGAAGAUCAUCAUCAUCCAGAGGAAUUCUACUUCAUUCAGUGAAUUUUGAUACAAGAUUUGGGUCACAUUUUUAGGAUGGGUCGGAGUGUGAUACUGUGCACCGGUGCAGCGCUAUGCAUUCUGCUGUUUGCAGCAACUACAACAAGUGCUCAGCCCAUCAGUAUUUAUCAAAUUCUUCAACUAAUCCAGUCUGCCCCGAAGAGCUACCCCUCACCUGUUUACGCCUUUAAUCUCUGCAUGGAGAUCACCAACCGAGUCUUCAAUGAUUCCCUUUACAACCCGGCCACUGCAGAGUACAAGAAGAUGUAUAAUGAAGUUUCUGGAGCUCUGAACAUCAUAUAUAACUGCUCUAUCUGUCCCACAAAAGAAACCUAUAGAGGGGUAACAUCAAUAAAGUUCAGUAAAGGGUCUGUGGUCGCAAACUGUACCAUAUCGUUCCAGACGAUUUUCAUCAACAACGUUGUGAUCAAAUAUUUGUUCCUGAAAGCCAUCGAAAACAAUUUUCACCCAAAUGGUCUUGUAAUCAACAAAGAUUUUACUAAUGAAACGGUCACACCUAUCUGGCACUUUACAAAGGCCACAACUCCAAUGACAAGAGUGACCUCCUCUAUAGUCAAAGCCUCAGGAUUGUUAGUGCAGAACACCACAGUCAAACCUAAAAAUGAGACACAGCCUGCUAUCCUUCCCACCUUCCUGGGUUCAGUGGUAAAUCCCUUUUACAGAGGAGUUCCUGGUUGGGCCAUUGCUUUGCUGGUGUUGGCAUGUGUCACCCUGCUACUCAUCUUCAUCCUUAUACUACUGUUAUGCUUUUGGUGCUGUACGAAGAGAAACAAAAAGGAUGAGACUGAGCAUGCACCGUACGAGCGAACGUCUUUCAAAGAACAUCUUACCCCAUACAAUCCACAAGCACCGCAGCACAACCAAACCUACCCUGUCUUGGCAGAUCCAGAGUUUAUAAAGAAUGGCAACCGCUCGGAGAUGUAUGUGGUGAAUCCACAGAGAUGAUGAACACAAUUGUAAGAGAGAAUCCGGACACAUAAAGAUCUUGUGAUGUAAAAGAUUUCUCUUGUGGAAAACACUGAAGACUUCAAUAAAGAUCAUAAUGAUGUCAUCAUUACCAUGUGUUAUAUAAGUAUUAUACUCAUCUUUUUCAAUGAGAUUGCUGGUUUUAAUGUAUUUAUUUCUGAAUUAUUUAUAAAGCACAAAUAAGGGGACAUUGGGCUUUUUUGCAUAUAUUAUUCUGGUUCAUUGUCAACAAGCCUCAAUUUAGGCUAAAAACAUCUGCUGAAUGACCAGACUGAAGUUUUGAAAGAUUUUAUUUUUGAUAGUGUAUGCGGUGGUAUGUUUUUCUCAUGACUGCAGGGUCAAUAUUAUGCAAACAUAUUUUCAUCUUUAUUACAUUUGUGUUGUCAUUUAUAGUUCAUGUGGGAACAACUCUUAUUAU